GCCAAGUACGUGUGGUUCGCACAGGGCGGUUCGUUCCGAGUUGAAGUUUGCGUCUGAGUUGAAAGUCUGAACAAGUACGCGUAUGCGAAGUGUUAUGUGCAGUUGGAACUGCGGACAUAAUCAUUGGUGCGAAAGAGUCCUCUAGACAUGGAUGGGGAAGAACAAUUUGAGCUGGCAGCUCUACCUGCAACGAUGACCUCUGCAACCUCAUCAACAAGCAGCUCUGAAACUUCUACAGAAUCGGACACCACGGAUAGUGACUCGGAAGUCAGCGAUGGCACCGUAGGAGCUUCAGCAAAGAAGCCUGGCAAAAGUGUCGGCAUGUGUCACGAGUGUAGUGUGUGUGGGCAGCGUUUUGCAAGCUGGAAAAGUGCAAAAAUUCACCUUGCUAAACAUGCGUGCGAGGAACCAUACGCCUGUACCAACUCCAGCCAGAAGUUCACCCAGAAAGCUAAUGUCAUUAAAUACCAGCAUGUCCACACGGGUAAGGUGAGGUUUGUGUGCGAGCAGUGCCCAUCUAAAUUUAACUCGAAGCUAGCGCUGGACAGGCAUGAGCAGUUGCAUGCGAGGGGAGUGGAGCUCUUUCAUUGCCCUGAGUGCUUCAAGACCUUGUUGCUCAAGACAAGCCUCCAGCGGCACCUGAAGUGGCACACGAUGGAGAAGCCGUACUCAUGCCACCUGUGCCCAGCCACCUUCGUUUACGAAUAUCUCAGAGACAAUCAUGUGCUACUACACACGAAUGGGAAACCAUACAGCUGUCAUCUGUGCCAAAAAUGCUUUGCCUGGAAGAAUAAUCUCAAUGCACACGUGCAGCGGAUACAUGGAGAAAUCAAGACCACUGUGACAAAUGUUAUGACCAGGGUGGAGGUAACAUUGCCGAGCAGCCCUUCAGCCAUGCUACCGCCUGUCGUGACAACUGUGAACGUCAAGGCAGAGCCAGUCAGCCCUACAACCACACUUCCUCCUGGCCAUGCAGACGUGGAUGGGGAAAAACUAUCUGAGCCAGCUUCCCUGCAGCCAAGGGUCACCUCUGUAGCUGCACUGCCGAGCCUCAGUGACACUUCUGCAGACACUUCCACCACAGACAGCGACCCAGAAAUCUCCAGUAGCACCUUGGGAGCUCCAGUGAAAAAGCCUGGCAGGAGCGUUGGAAGGUGUCAUGAGAGUAGUGAAUGCAGGAAGAACUUUACGAAGACAGCAUCCGCAGAAAACAGCCUGCCCGAACACACAAGCAAUAGAACACGCACCGCUUGCCCCAUCUGUGGCCAAGUGUUUGCCCACAGGCACCUACUCAAAAGGCAUCAGCGCACUCACCAUAGGGCUGACACACAGUUUGUGUGCCGGCUGUGCCCGUCCAUAUUCAAGAAAAAGUCAUCUCUGGACAGGCACAAGCGGCUACACACAAGGGGAGUGGGCCUGUACCACUGCCACAAGUGUGGCAAGAUCUUCAAGCGGAAAGGUAUCCUGCGGCAGCACCUGACAUGGCACGAGACGAAGACGCCAUACAAGUGCCACUUGUGCCCAGCCACCUACAUACACCGCUGUGAACGGAACAAUCAUGUGCAAACGCACGUGGCUGAAAAGCCGCACCGCUGUCCCAUGUGCAAAAAAAGAUAUACCUGGCGGCGUAGCCUCACAAUGCACAUGCGUUGCAGUCAUGGCGGCGUCAAGCUCACUGAGGAAUGCCAUGACGUCAGUGAAAAAGAAAUAGUUGAGCGAGCAGCCUUGCUGCCAAGCAGCACGGUUACUUCAAGGGACGAAGCCACCGUGGAUAGCAACCCAAAGAGCCCAGGGAGUGCCAUCUUGGCUGCAGUGACACAGGGCAGCAAGGGCACCGGCCUCAACAAGUCCUCCAAGUGCAGUGUGCGUGGGCAUUGUUUCGUGCCCCAGGGUGAGAAGCUGCACAAGUGCCCUGUCCGCAAGCGGACGUUUGCCCAAAAGCACUCACUCGCGACCCAACAGGUCACGCACUCUUGCAAGAAACAAUUGCCCUGUUCUACAUGCGGGGAGCUGGUAAAGCGGAAGAACCUCGCCGCGCACGAACUUUCCCACCAAUCCGAGAAGUCACUUUAGUGCUGCCACUGCUUGGCAAUGUUAGCAAGCAGAAAAACACUUACAAGUCGCAUCCACACGCAUGUCGGCAAGAGGCCGUACGGUUGUAAAGUGUGCAGCAAGCGUUUCAUACAUGUUGGGACGUCGUACCACCAUCGCCGUACUCACAUUGGUGAGAACUGGUAGAAGUGUUCAUAUUUAAAACUCCUUUCACGAAAUCCGGUCAUCAGCCAAAUCACACACUCAUGGGCAAGCUUGAGGUGAUCGUCGAUGACUACAAUGCGACUCUUUCUCCACAAAGCAACAAACCACAAAAUUUUCACACUGAAUGCUGAGCAAUUCCAGUACCCUGCCUGACUAAAGCUCUAAUGGAUACCUUUCAAGGAUGGACGAUUUGAGUAUGGGCGAUGUGCAGUUGUGAUAAGCUGCUGCUGUAUGCUUGGCUUUAUUGAAGAAGCUUAGCUAGUAGCGCUAGUACUCUUUAGGGAGGCACUAGUGUAAGUAUGUUUGAGAAUGCAUCUUGGAACAGCAAUGGUGAUGGUAAUAUGUGUACACAAGGAGCUUUGUUUCAGGAGCUUCUGUCUAAAUACACGAGAAUGGAGAAAUUGUUCAGCAUUCUGUGCGAAAAUUUCACACUGGAUUUAAUGAGGCCCACUGCAUUCGAUCGAAUAAUUUACGAUAUGUUAGAAUUUGAUAUCUCAUUUAGGUCAUCAGUUUCCUUAAAAAUAUAUAUAAAUUUCAGAUAUUGCAAUUCUGUUAACAAUAUCAUAAUUCUAUAAACUCUAUCUAUUCAGACUUCUAAAAUGGACAAAAGUGAUGAAUUCUCUGCUGAUCUGGAACAUACUACCAAUAUUUGAGUUGGACUAUGGGAUUGUAUGGUGGGUGCAAAACUAUGGAAAAAAGCUACUCAGAUAUAUAAGAUGCGUACCACGUCUCACUUGUUGUUAUUGUCAUCAUAUUGAGUUGUACCAACUAGUUUAAAAAAUGUGGCUUGCUUCUGUUGCCAAUCCAAAAAAUGAAGCGCCAACGGUAACGGCACACAAAGAAGGAACAAAAGACAGGACAAGGCGCUACUUGCAACUGUUUAUUGAAGUCAAAGGUGGCUGAUUAUAUAGCCGUGGGGAGAGGGGGGCGAAAAAAGAGGGACACUGAUUAUGUGAAUGCGCACGUGCGAGAACACUAAGAUAUAUUCGAAGGGAAUCACGAUUAAUCAAAAUCUAAAACUUAUCUAAAAACAUGCUUUCAUUGUUAUAAAUGUUCAGAGACGGGGUGCUCACACAGGCGUCCCUUCUUUUCUUAAUCUGGUUGGCCUCCAACAAUUCACGCGCCACAGAAUCUUUACUUGUAAAGAUGAUGUAAACAUGAUGUAAACAAUCAUGUUUACAAGUAAAGAUUCUGUGGUGCAUGAACAUUUAUAAUAAUGAAAGCAUGUUUUUAGAUAAGUUUUAGGUUUUGAUUAAUCGCAAUUCACUUCGAAUAUAUCUUCAGUGUUCUUGCACAUGCGCAUUCACAUAAUCAGUGUCCCUCUUUUUUCGCCCCCCUCUCCCCACGGCUAUAUAAUCAGCCACCUUUGACUUCAAUAAACAGUCGCAAGUAGUGCCUUGUCCUGUCUUUUGUUCCUUCUUUGUGUGCCGUUACCGUUGGCGCUUCAUUUUUUGAAAGCUAUGCACCAACUAGCCCCACAAUGUGUUUUUCUGUUGCCAAGUUUGUUAAAAUAAUUAGAGAUGUCACCAUCAUGUGCUAGUUGCACAGUGUAAUAAGUGUAAUAAAAUAUCAAAUGGUUUAAUUCUUGAGAAAACAUGUAAUUAUUUAUUUUGAUUCGUUUGAGUGCUAUAUGUGAAGGCAUGCUUAUAUCACUCUAUGUACUUCUCUUGGGUCAAUAAUCAUGGAUAUUGCUGCGGUACAUUACUGUUUCCUGCCAUCUAAUGUAUAGAAGCAUAAGCUGAUAAUUAUGCUGAGCGAUAUGUGAACAUUUCUGGCUUUUGGAGGACCCCUGAAAAAUAAUUAAUUGAAAGAGUCAAAGCUCUUACACAUCCAGCUUUUUUGACGCAGUGAAAUACAGCUGUCUGUGCUGGGAAUAGUGCACUGUGUAACAACUUGCCGGCAUAAAAAGAAAAGAGAUCCAAGUACUGCAUGAAGUUGUCACCUGCUGCAGACAUCAACAUGAGAACCUAGGCUGAACAGAGAUUUUAUGUGCAUCGAACCACAACGCAGUGCCAAUUGGGUUGACAAAGUAAGUUUGGCGUAUUUUUUCUUAGCUUUAGUAAUCUGGAGAUUUGAUUAAAAGCAGUGUGACCUUGG